AUGUGGUUGAACUUGAUCGAUGUAUGUGUCUCUUUCUCAGGACACAGAGCUCUCGAGUUUCUCCACCUUCAGGAGGGAAGCGUCAACUAUAGACAGCUGCUGCUCGAGCACCAGGACGCGUACCAGGCCGGGGCCGUGUUUCCCGACGCCUUCUACCCGGGCAUCUGCCAGAGAGGGCGCUUUCACGAGGUGUCCGAGAGCACCCACUGGACCCCCUUCCUCAACGCCAGCGUCCACUACAUCCGGGAGCACUACCCCCCGCCCUGGGAGAAGGACGCGGAGAAGCUGGUGGCCUUCCUGCUCGGCGUCACGUCGCACAUGGUGGCCGACGUCAGCUGGCACAGCCUGGGCAUCGAGCAGGGCUUCCUGCGGACCAUGGCCGCCAUGGACUUUCACGGCUCCUACUCCGAGGCGCACCCGGCUGGAGAUUUUGGCGGAGACGUGCUGAGCCAGUUCGAGUUCAACUUUAAUUACCUCGCGCGGCACUGGUACGUGCCCGUCGAGGACCUGCUGGGCAUCUACAGGGAGCUCUACGGCAAGGACGUCAUCACCAAGCACGUCAUCGUGGAGUGCACCUACCUUCAGUUCUUGGAGAUGUACGGCGAGGUGCUGGCUGUCUCCAAGGUACAGCCUCCUUCCCUGGAACCGCCCCGCGAGAGGCUCUGUGGGCCCGGGCAGCGAGCGGCCUGUCCUCCCCCAUGCCCGCCCCUGCGUCCCACAGGCCUCGCGGGUUCCUGUGAGCACACCUGUGCGGGGGACUGCAGCCUGCCUGAGAACCCGCUGUUCAUCGCCUGCGGCGGCCAGCGGCCCAGCCCCCAGGGCUCCCAAGUGCAGAAGAGCGAUGCCCACAGAAACCUGACCGCCUCCCUCCCCAAGGACGCCGGGAAGAACAUCAACUACACGGCGAGGGGCGCCGUCUUCAGCGUGGACUCCUGGACCUCGGACUCGAUGAACCGCUGGGCCUCGCACACGGGGCGGGGUCAUCCCAUCCCGGGAGGGACCCUGGGCGGCAGAGCCACAGCCACACCCGCUCUGGGGCUGCAACAGCCUCGAGGCAGAGAAACGCAGGCGGUCAUCGCCUCCUACCCGCCCCGGGAUCGGAGCCCAGGCCCGUGUCCGUCACGGGAGCCUGCCCGUGGGACGGACGGGGACUGCCUGGUCCUCCUGCUCUCCCGACCUCACAGCCGCCUGGCCUAUCCUCGCCAGGGUGCGGUGUACGUCUACUUCGGCUCCAAGAAAGGAAAACUGUCCCAGGCCCCCGACGUCUCCAUCUCCUGCCAGGACACGUACUGCAACCUGGGCUGGCGGCUCCUGGCGGCCGACGUGGACGGAGACGGCAUGGCCUUCCUGACCAUGACCUUGCACCAGGGCGGGGCCACCCGCAUGUACCGGCUGAGCCCGGCCGCCCGGCCCGCCCUGCUCAGCACCUUCAGCGGAGACCGCCGCUUCUCGCGCUUCGGGGGCGUCCUGCACUUGAGCGACCUGGACGGUGACGGCUUAGACGAGGUCUUCAUGGCUGCCCCCCUGAGGAUCGCGGACAUGACCUCGGGGCUCAUCGGGGGAGAGGACGGCCGCGUCUACAUCUACAACGGCAGGCGCACCUUCUUCGGCGACAUGACCGGCAAAUGCAAGUCCUGGACGUCCCCGUGUCCAGAGGAGAAGGCCCAGCACGUCCUGAUUUCCCCGGAAGCGAGCUCGCGGUUCGGGAGCGGCCUGGUCACCGUGCGGUCCCAGGACAAGAACCAAGUGGUCGUGGCCGCGGAAAGGAGCUCUCUGGGAGCCCGACUGGCCGGGGCGCUUCACGUCUACAGCCUGGACUCAGACUGGAGCCCGGCCCGUGUGCCCGCUGCCCCCGCGGACGCCGGGAGAACCUGAUGGAAGGAGGUGAGGCUCCCGGGAGUGGAGACACGCACAGCCAGACUGGAAACGAAACUGUGCGUCCGACUGCGCCACAGGCACGCGGCAUCGUGGGCACCGGCCGCUCUCCUGCCCAAGUUAACCCCUAAGACAGCACGUGGACACCGGCGCGCGGGAAACUAACACCUGCGGCUGAUGAAUUAAAUGCUCACAGCGUGAUUCUGAAUGGAAAUACCGUCUAGAGUUCUAGUCUCAUUAACACACCUGAACUUAUAAGUUUAACUCAAAAUUACCUUUAUUUCAAGAUCUCAGGACACAUUCCCCUAUAUUGGCA